AGAUAUCUAUGACAGCGGCUGGAAGAACAUUCCAUCAAUUCGAGAAGAUAAGAAGCGGCAAAUAUAGCGGCUAUAGAUAAAUUGGAAUCGAUUACUCAAGCCUUUCGUUCGUUCAGUGUCUCCUACGAUGGAUUUCACCGGCAAAGUGGUGCUAAUUACGGGCGCAUCUUCCGGCAUCGGCGAAGGUACGGCCAUCUAUUUUGCCAAAUUUGGGGCUUCGCUUGCACUAACCGGACGCAAUGAGGCGAAUCUGAAAAAGGUGGGCGAUGCGUGUGAAGCGACUUCGAAGAAUAAACCCCUGCUCAUCGUGGCCGAUGUGACGAAGGAGGAGGACAACAAGCGUGUGCUGGAGGAAAUUGUCGCCAAGUACGGAAAGCUGGACGUGUUGGUCAACAAUGCCGGCAUCUUGGGCAAUGGGUCGAUCGAAAACACGAGCUUGCAGCAGUACGACGAGCUGAUGAACACGAACGUUCGCGGUGUCUAUCACCUGACCAUGCUGGCCGUUCCGCUGCUGAUUAAAACGAAGGGCAACAUCGUAAAUUUGUCCAGCGUGGCUGGAAACCGAUCGUUUCCGGGAAUUUUGGCGUACAGCAUGUCUAAGGCAGCCAUCGAUCAGUUCACGCGUUGCACUGCGCUAGAGCUGGCUCCCAAGCAGGUGCGCGUGAAUGCCGUCAACCCUGGUGUAAUUAUUACGGACAUUCACAAGCGUGGCGGAAUGGAGGAGGAAGCUUAUGCCGCUUUUCUGAAGAAAUGCGAACAAACGCACGCCCUGGGACGUCCGGGUGUGGCCGAAGAAGUUGCUUCUACCAUCGCUUUCUUGGCUUCGGACGGUGCAAGCUUCAUUACCGGCGUAACGCUGAACGUUGACGGAGGAAGACACGCCAUGUGUCCCCGGUAGAGCGAACCGUGACCGCGAACAAACAAUACGCGCGCAUACAUUUAUCUUUCGAACGGUUUAUUCGAAGUAAAACAAUUUUAUCACUGUAA